UUUUGGCAAUUGAUUGCUCCAGCAAAAAAAACGUGGAAUACCGUGAUGGAUAAAGAAUUGGAACAUCAGAUGCCUGUCGAGCACUUGGAUCAGGCUGUUGAGCCAGAACGUAUUGUAGAGCAUCUCAAUGGGAUACCUCUGAAGUCACCCUUUCCAUCUUCUUCUUCUCACACCUCAAAAGCAAACAAAUACCAUCUGUGAAUUGUGUCUUUUCCUGUGUGAACGACUACCUUCAAUUAGUCAAAUCGGACGACAUACCGUAUACACCUGUUGAGUAGAAUAAACGGUAGCCGCUAAAGAGAGUGAGCCCUUCCGCGCGGACUAACAACAGCUGCUCAUCGGAAAAAUCUCUCAGCGAUUUCAUUUUUCAUUCACAUAAGUUAUUGUUUUGUGAGGAAAGUUUAUUUUAUUGUUGUUUUUUGUUGUUUUUUUUUGCAUGAAAAUUGAAUUCAUAGAAUACCCAAAUUUCCUAAUGAAACACUAAAAUUUCCUAGAUUUUUGG